CGGCCGGCCGCUACCGCGCGGAUCUAUGCGGCUGUGAGCGGGCAGGAGCCCCCCGAGAGCACCGGGAUGCAGCGGCUCCUGGCGCCCGGCCUCGUGCUGGCGCUGCUGCCCGCCCUGACGCGAGGUCUGCGCUGCACGCAGCUUGCCGAGUCCUGCCUCAACGGCGGCAAGUGCGAAACCUUCCCCAACGGGACCGAGGUGUGCCAGUGCAGCGGGGCCUACGUGGGCGAGCGGUGCCAGCUGCCCAACCCGUGCGCCAGCUCGCCGUGCCGCAACGCGGGCACGUGCACGGCCGUGGUGCGCGGCGGCACCGUGGACUACGCGUGCGCCUGCCGCGUGGGCUUCUCCGACGAGCUCUGCCUGACGCCCCGCGAGAACGCCUGCCUCAGCAGCCCCUGCCGCAACGGCGGCACCUGCGACCUGCUCACGCUCAGCGAGUACAAGUGCCGCUGCCCGCCCGGCUGGUCAGGUAAAACGUGCCAGCAGGCCGACCCRUGCGCCUCCAACCCCUGCGCCAACGGCGGGCAGUGCGUCCCCUUCGAGGCCCACUACGUGUGCCGCUGCACGGCCGGCUUCCACGGCGCCAACUGCAAGCAGGACGUCAACGAGUGCAGCCUCUCACCCGCCGUCUGCAAGAAUGGCGGCACCUGCACCAACGAGGUGGGCACCUACCAGUGCUCCUGCAAGCCGGCCUACACGGGGCAGAACUGCGAGCACCUCUACGUGCCCUGCAACCCGUCGCCCUGCCAGAACGGGGGCACCUGCCGCCAGACCGGCGACACCACCUACGACUGCACGUGCCUGCCAGGUUUCACGGGUCAGAACUGCGAGGAGAACAUCGAYGACUGCCCGGGCAACAACUGCAARAACGGGGGCACCUGCGUGGACGGCGUCAACACCUACAACUGCCAGUGCCCACCUGAGUGGACAGGCCAGUACUGCACGGAGGAUGUGGAUGAGUGUCAGCUCAUGCCCAACGCCUGCCAGAAUGGGGGCACCUGCCACAACAACCACGGCGGCUACAACUGCGUCUGCGUCAACGGCUGGACGGGCGAGGACUGCAGCGAGAACAUCGACGACUGCGCCAUGGCCGCCUGCUUCCAGGGGGCCACCUGCCACGACCGGGUGGCCUCCUUCUACUGCGAGUGCCCCCACGGCCGCACGGGUCUCCUGUGCCACCUUGACGACGCCUGCAUCAGCAACCCCUGCAACGAGGGCUCCAACUGCGACACCAACCCCGUCAACGGCAAGGCCAUCUGCACCUGCCCUUCGGGCUACAUGGGGCCCGCCUGCAACCAGGACGUGGACGAGUGCUCGCUGGGUGCCAACCCUUGCGAGCACGCGGGGAAAUGCAUCAACACCCAAGGGUCCUUCCAGUGCCAGUGCCUGCAGGGCUACUCGGGGCCCCGCUGCGAGAUAGAUGUCAACGAGUGCCUCUCCAACCCCUGCCAGAACGAUGCCACCUGCCUGGACCAAAUCGGGGAGUUCCAGUGCAUCUGCAUGCCCGGCUACGAGGGCAUCUACUGCGAGAUCAACACGGACGAGUGCGCCAGCAGCCCCUGCCUGCACAACGGCGUCUGCGUGGACAAGAUCAACGAGUUCCACUGCGAGUGCCCCACAGGCUUCAACGGGCACCUGUGCCAGUUCGACGUGGACGAGUGCGCCAGCACGCCCUGCAAGAACGGCGCCAAGUGCCUCGACGGGCCCAACACCUACAGCUGCGAGUGYGCCGAAGGCUUCUCGGGCGCCCACUGCGAGGUGGACGUGGACGAGUGCGACCCCGACCCCUGCCACUACGGCACGUGCAAGGACGGCGUGGCCGCCUUCACCUGCCUCUGCCAGCCGGGCUACACGGGCCACCGCUGCGACGUCAACAUCAACGAGUGCCAGAGCCAGCCGUGCCGCAACGGCGGCACCUGCCAGGACAGGAACAAYGCCUACCACUGCCUCUGCCUCAAGGGCACCACCGGGCCCAACUGCGAGAUCAACCUGGACGACUGCGCCAGCAACCCCUGUGACUACGGCAAGUGCAUCGACAGGAUCAACGGCUACGAGUGCACCUGCGAGCCGGGCUACGCAGGGCGGAUGUGCAACGUGAACAUCGACGAGUGCGCCAGCAACCCCUGCCACAACGGCGGCACCUGCAAGGAUGGCAUCAACGGCUUCACCUGCCUCUGUCCCGAGGGCUUCCACGACCCCAAGUGCCUGUCGGAAGUGAACGAGUGCAACAGCAACCCCUGCAUCCAUGGGCGAUGCCAUGACGGCCUCAACGGCUACAGGUGUGACUGUGACCCAGGCUGGAGCGGGCCCAACUGUGACAUUAACAACGAUGAGUGCGAAUCCAAUCCCUGCAUGAACGGUGGCACCUGCAAGGACAUGACCAGUGGCUACAUCUGUACCUGCAGGGAAGGGUUCAGUGGACCCAACUGCCAGACCAAUAUCAACGAAUGCGCUUCCAACCCAUGCCUGAACCAGGGCACGUGCAUUGACGAUGUCGCUGGCUACAAGUGCAACUGCCUCCUGCCCUAUACAGGAGCCACGUGUGAGGAUGUGCUGGCCCCCUGUGCCAACGCUCCCUGCAAGAACGGUGGCGAAUGCCGGGAGUCGGAGGACUACGAGAGCUUCUCCUGCGCUUGCCCACCUGGCUGGCAAGGUCAGACGUGCGAGAUCGACAUCAACGAGUGCGUGAAGAGCCCUUGCCGGAACGGGGCCACGUGCCAGAACACCAACGGCGGCUACCGCUGCCUGUGCAAGGCCGGCUUCACCGGCCGCAACUGCGACACCGAUAUCGAUGACUGCAAGCCAAAUCCGUGCCACAACGGUGGCUCCUGCUCCGAYGGAGUUGGCACCUUCUUCUGCGAGUGCCUGGCUGGUUUCCGUGGGCCCAAGUGUGAGGAGGACAUCAAYGAGUGUGCCAGCAAUCCCUGCAAGAAUGGUGCCAACUGCACCGACUGCGUCAACAGCUACACUUGCACUUGCCCCUCCGGCUUCAGUGGGAUCCACUGCGAGAACAACACGCCUGACUGCACCGAGAGCUCCUGCUUCAACGGCGGGACCUGCGUGGAUGGCAUCAACACCUUCACCUGCCUGUGUCCGCCCGGCUUCACGGGCAGCUACUGUGAGCACGACAUCAACGAGUGCGACUCGAAGCCGUGCCUGAAUGGGGGCACCUGCCAGGACAGCUAUGGGACAUACAAGUGCACUUGUCCCCAGGGUUACACCGGCCUCAACUGCCAGAACCUGGUGCGCUGGUGCGACUCCUCUCCCUGCAAAAACGGAGGCAAGUGCUGGCAGACCAACAACCUGUACCGCUGCGAGUGCAACAGUGGUUGGACAGGGCUCUACUGCGACGUGCCCAGCGUCUCCUGCGAGGUGGCUGCCAAGCAGCAAGGCGUCGACGUGGCGCAUCUCUGCAGGAACGCGGGGCUCUGCGUGGACACGGGCAACACUCACUUCUGCCGCUGCCAAGCCGGCUACACCGGCAGCUACUGCGAGGAGCAGGUGGACGAGUGCUCCCCGAACCCCUGCCAGAACGGAGCCACCUGCACCGACUACCUGGGCGGCUAUUCCUGUGAGUGUGUGGCUGGCUAUCAUGGAGUUAACUGCUCGGAAGAGAUCAAUGAAUGCUUGUCCCACCCGUGCCAGAAUGGAGGAACCUGCAUCGAUCUCAUCAAUACCUACAAAUGCUCCUGCCCUAGAGGAACUCAAGGGGUGCACUGUGAAAUCAAUGUGGAUGACUGCAGCCCUUUCUUUGAUCCUGUCACCCUGGGGCCCAAGUGCUUUAACAAUGGCAAGUGCACGGAUCGGGUAGGUGGCUACAGCUGCAUCUGCCCCCCUGGCUUUGUAGGGGAGCGCUGCGAGGGAGACGUCAACGAGUGCCUGUCCAACCCCUGCGACGCGCGCGGCACCCAGAACUGCGUGCAGCGGGUCAAUGACUACAAAUGCGAAUGCCGGCCCGGCUACACAGGGCGCCGCUGUGACACGGUGGUGGAUGGAUGUAAAGGCAAACCGUGCAGGAAUGGUGGCACGUGUGCCGUUGCCAGCAACACCGGCCGUGGCUUCAUCUGCAAAUGCCCCCUGGGUUUCGUUGGUGCCACUUGCGAGAAUGACUCGCGCACGUGCGGGAACCUGCACUGCCUCAACGGAGGCACCUGCAUCUCCAUCCACAAGAGCUCCAAGUGCAUGUGCGCACCGGCCUUCACGGGUCCCGAGUGCCAGUACCCGGCCAGCAGCCCCUGCAACUCCAACCCCUGCUACAACGGGGGCACCUGCGAGUUCUUCGGCGACGCUUCCCCCUACUACCGCUGCAACUGCCCCGCCAACUUCAAUGGCCUCAACUGCCACAUCCUUGACUUUGAUUUCCAAGGCGGCAUCGGGCAGGAUAUCAUCCCCCCCAAAAUCGAGGAGAAGUGCGAGAUCGCGGUUUGCGCCGGGUACGCGGGCAACAAGAUCUGCGACGGGAAAUGCAACAACCACGCGUGUGGCUGGGACGGAGGCGACUGCUCCCUCAAUUUCAACGACCCMUGGAAGAACUGCUCCCAGUCCCUGCAGUGCUGGAAAUACUUCAACGACGGCAAGUGCGACGCGCAGUGCAACAACGCCGGCUGCCUUUACGAUGGCUUUGACUGCCAGAAGUACGAAGGGCAGUGCAACCCUCUGUAUGACCAGUACUGUAAAGACCACUUCUCCGAUGGUCACUGUGACCAGGGCUGCAAUAAUUUUGAGUGUGAAUGGGAUGGUCUGGACUGUGCAAACAAUAUGCCAGAGAAGCUUGCGGACGGCACGCUGGUCGUGGUGGUGCUGAUCACUCCGGAGAACCUCAAGAACAAUUCCUUCAAUUUUCUGCGGGAGCUGAGCCGCGUGCUGCACACCAACGUGGUCUUCAAGAAGAACCCCAAGGGAGAGUACAUGAUCUUUCCAUACUAUGGCAAUGAGGAAGAGCUGAAAAAGCAUUACAUAAAGAGGUCCACAGAGGACUGGUCAGAUAUGUCUAGUGCCGUCAUCAACAAAGUAAAGAGCAGCCUCUACUCCAGGGCUGGCAGGAGGCAGAAGAGAGAGCUGGAUCAGAUGGACAUCAGAGGAUCCAUCGUUUACUUGGAAAUUGAUAACCGCCAAUGCAUCCAGUCCUCUUCCCAGUGCUUCCAGAGCGCAACCGACGUGGCGGCUUUCCUGGGUGCCUUGGCCUCCCUGGGCAACCUGAACAUCCCCUAUAAAAUAGAAGCUGUUAAAAGUGAAACAGCGGAGCCCCCGAGGAGCUCGCAGCUCUAUCCUAUGUACGUGGUGGUGGCCGCGCUGGUCUUGCUCGCCUUCAUCGGCGUCGGGGUGCUGGUGUCCCGCAAGCGGCGCCGGGAGCAUGGGCAGCUCUGGUUCCCAGAAGGCUUCAAAGUGACCGAGUCGAGCAAGAAGAAGCGGCGAGAACCUCUUGGGGAGGAUUCUGUUGGACUCAAACCCCUCAAAAAUGCUUCAGAUGGCACCUUGAUGGAUGACAACCAAAAUGAAUGGGGUGAUGAGGAGACCUUGGACACCAAGAAGUUCAGGUUUGAGGAGCAGGCAAUGCUGCCCGAUACCGACGAUCAGACAGACCACAGGCAGUGGACUCAGCAGCACCUGGACGCGGCUGACCUCCGCAUAUCCUCCAUGGCACCUACUCCACCGCAAGGCGAAAUYGAUGCCGACUGCAUAGAUGUCAACGUCAGGGGUCCUGAUGGCUUCACCCCUCUCAUGAUCGCCUCGUGCAGCGGCGGAGGGCUGGAGACCGGCAACAGCGAGGAGGAGGACGAUGCCCCUGCGGUCAUCUCCGACUUCAUUUACCAAGGCGCCAGCCUGCACAACCAGACGGACCGCACCGGCGAGACGGCGCUGCACUUGGCCGCCCGCUACUCCCGCUCCGACGCUGCCAAGCGCCUGCUGGAGGCCAGCGCCGAUGCCAACAUCCAGGACAACAUGGGCAGGACUCCGCUGCAUGCAGCGGUCUCAGCCGAUGCCCAAGGAGUCUUCCAGAUCCUGAUUAGAAACAGAGCCACGGAUCUUGACGCCCGCAUGCACGAUGGAACCACGCCGCUCAUCCUGGCUGCUCGCCUGGCUGUGGAGGGCAUGCUGGAGGACCUCAUCAACUGCCACGCAGAUGUCAACGCCGUGGAUGACCUCGGCAAGUCAGCUCUUCACUGGGCAGCGGCUGUGAACAACGUUGAAGCUGCAGUUGUCCUCCUGAAGAAYGGUGCCAAUAAGGAUAUGCAGAACAAUAAGGAGGAGACCCCGCUGUUCCUCGCAGCCAGAGAGGGCAGCUACGAAACGGCCAAGAUCCUCCUGGACCACUUUGCCAACCGCGACAUCACGGACCACAUGGACCGGCUGCCGCGGGACAUCGCCCAGGAGCGCAUGCACCACGACAUCGUGCGGCUGCUGGACGAGUACAACCUGGUGCGCAGCCCGCCGCUGCACGGCGGCCCGCUGGGCGCCCCCACGCUCUCGCCGCCGCUCUGCUCUCCCAACAGCUACAUCGGCAACCUGAAACCCGCCGGGCAGGGCAAGAAGGCCAGGAAGCCGAGCACCAAGGGCCUCAGCUGCAACGGCAAGGACUCCAAAGACCUCAAAGCCCGCAGGAAAAAAUCGCAGGAUGGGAAAGGGUGCCUGCUGGACAACUCCAGUGUGCUGUCGCCCGUGGACUCCCUGGAGUCGCCCCAUGGGUACCUGUCAGAUGUUGCCUCUCCUCCGCUGAUGACCUCUCCGUUCCAGCAGUCGCCUUCCAUGCCUCUGAAUCACCUGCCAGGCAUGCCUGAUGCCCACAUGAGCAUCAACCACCUCAACAUGGCCGGGAAGCAGGAUAUGGCCAUGGGCAGCUCCGGCAGGAUGGCCUUCGACGCGGUGCCGCCGCGCCUCUCGCACCUGCCCGUCUCCAGCCCCAGCACGGCCAUGAGCAGUGCCCCGAUGAAUUUCUCCGUGGGCGGCACCGCCAGCCUCAACGGGCAGUGCGAGUGGCUCACGAGGCUGCAGAACGGCAUGGCCCAGGGUCAGUACAACCCGCUGAGGGGCAGCAUGCAGGCCGGGCCGCACCAGCAGACGCCAAGCCUCCAGCACGGCAUGAUGACCUCGCUGCACAACGGCCUGCCCAGCACCAGCCUGUCGCAGAUGAUGAGCUACCAGGCCAUGCCCAACACGCGCCUGGCCUCCCAGCCUCACCUCCUGCAGGGCCAGCAGCUGCAGCAGCUGCAGCAGCAAAACAUGCAGCAGCAGAACAUGCAGCAGCAAAACAUGCAGCAGCAAAACAUGCAGCAGGCGCCGCAGCUGGCGCAGCAGCCGCAGCAGCAGCAGCAGCCCCAGCAGCAGCAGCAGCCGCCGCCGCAGCACCACAACCCCAGCUCCAACGCGGGCGGCCACAUGGGCCAAAAUUUCCUGGGCAGCGAGCUGAGCCCGGCCGAGCUGCAGCCGGUGAGCAGCGGGCCCAUCGCCGUGCACACCAUCCUGCCGCAGGAGCCGCCGCAGCUGCUGCCCACGUCGCUGCCGCCGGCGCUCGCGCCGCCCCUGGGCGCCGCGACGCAGUUUUUGACGCCGCCCUCGCAGCACAGCUAUUCCUCCCCCUUGGACAACACGCCGAGCCACCAGCUCCAGGUGCCCGACCACCCCUUCCUCACGCCGUCGCCGGAGUCGCCGGACCAGUGGUCGAGCUCCUCGCCCCACUCCAACGUGUCCGACUGGUCCGAAGGCAUCUCCAGCCCUCCCACGAGCAUGCAGUCGCAGAUGGGACACAUCCCCGAGGCCUUCAAGUGAAGGGCGGGCUCCCAGAGACGCUGGCGCGCAGCGCGAGCCCAAGGGAGAUCUUCUCUCAAAGGACGCGGGAUGCUUUUAUUAAAGGAUCCUUUUAAAAUAUGUUUUUAUACGAAAAUUUAAAAAAA